CAUAAAGCCUCCAAAAAUGUUAUCUUCUCCCACCAAUGACCAAUAGUCCAAUACCAUGACAGGCACAGGCAAGAAAGCAGCAGUCUGCGUGACAGGAGCAAACGGGUUUAUAGGCACAUGGCUAGUUAAAACCCUCUUACAAUCUGGUUACACCACCAUCCAUUGCUCCAUCUAUCCCACCUCCUCUUCCUCUCACCUUUUAUCUCUCCUACCUUCUUCCUCUUCCUUCUCUCUCCACAUCUUCGAGGCUGACAUUCUCGACUACGAUGCCGUUUCAAGGGCUAUUCAAGGCUGCCAUGGGGUCUUCCACGUGGCAUCCCCUUGUACUCUGGAGGACCCACUUGACCCACAGUCUGAGUUGGUGGACCCCGCUGUGAAGGGCACUCUCAAUGUUCUAGAAGCUUCUAAGAAACAUGGGGUGAAGCGUGUUGUGCUUACUUCCUCCAUUUCUGCAAUGGUUCCUAAUCCUGCUUGGCCCCCUCUUUUGCCUUUUGAUGAAUCUUCUUGGACUGAUCUUCACUUUUGCCGCUCUCGUCAGACAUGGUAUCCUGUAUCUAAAACACUGGCAGAGAAGGCUGCUUGGGAAUUCUCGCAAAAGCAUGGCUUAGAUUUGGUGGCAAUCAACCCAGCUACGUGUCUUGGCCCGCUGUUGCAGCCAGCCUUGAAUGCAAGUUGUGCUGUAUUGCGGCAGCUGCUUCAGGGAUCAGAAGAGACUCACGAAUGUCACUGGCUGGGGGCAGUGCAUGUCAAAGAUGUGGCUAAAGCUCAAGUCCUGCUGUUUGAGACCCCUGCUGCUUCUGGCAGGUACCUGUGCACUAAUGGUAUCUUCCAGUUUGGCGAUUUUGCGGCCAAAGUCUCUGAGCUCUGUCCUGAGUAUCGAAUUCACAGGUUUGAAGGAGAUUCCCAACCAGGCAUGGUGGCAUGCAAAGAUGCAGCCAAGAGACUGAUUAACCUUGGCCUAGUUUUUACGCCACUUGAAGAAGCGAUACAGGAGACAGUAGAGAGCUUGAAGGCCAGAGGUUUCUUGGAUGAGCGAAAGCCCGAGUCUUAGUUUCUUUCGGAGAUGUAUAUUCUCCCUACGUUUUAGAAAGAAGCAGCACGAGAUGACAUAAAGCCAAACUCAUAGACGUUUCCAGGGAUGUAUAUCUCUUUAUUUUCGGAAGCAAUGAACUACAAUAAUGACACUUAUGAAUGACUGCCUUAAGCCUGCCAUCCUGUGUUAGCUGUGUUGUUUCUGUUACUAUUUUAAGUAUAAUCUCAUUUCAUUUGUGCUAAAUCAUCAUGUAUUCGUUAUUUGUUUAUUACAAGUUACAAUAUUAAGUAAUUAAAAACCUAACCGUUGAAUGGCUUCCUGUUA